CGGCCUGGCCUGCCGAGGUGAGCUGUCUUGGCUUGGCUGAUAUUACCGCCUCUUCGUGCCGACGACGACUACAACCACGACAUUCCUCAAAUUAUGACUUUAUGACCUUCAGGAUUGAUACAACAUUGAGAGACUUCCCUUUCUUGGUAACUGAUCUUCGUCUUAUGCCAUAGCAAGAAGUUCUCGCUGCCAUGGCGGAUUCCGGACCACGGGACAGCGCCCCAGACCUGGAAAUUCUCGGUGACCAGGUUACGCUUCAUCCAAGUGGCUAUGUCGAGCCUCCCAAGAAGGCCGCAGGAGGUGACAAGGAGAGGAAUCUAGUGGAGCAUAUGGCAAGAUUUCGAUCACAUCCCCUGGAGUAUGCUACCUGCUUUUUCCCUAGUUGAGUGUUCAGAAGACAGAGGCAGAAUGCUAAUUCAUAUUCCAGGUUUCUGCGGGAGGUUUCCCUUCAUGUUUCUGGGACAGGAUGGAGGGCUUACGAUCAUUUCAUCGGCCAACCGAUCUUCUACAGCGGCUUCUCUGAAAAUAUGAUAAAUUCCGUUCUUUCUACACCGAUCCUCCAAAAACGAAUUACCGAAUUAGCAGAGAAGAGGCUGGCGAUUGAAGAGAAAGAAGGGCUUUUGGUGCCUGGAGAAGAGGGAUAUGAGGCGAAGAAAAACCAGCGAAGGAACGUUCUACAGCAUAAUUUGCAGGAACUUUCGGAGAAGAUGACGGGAGAUAUGAUUUGUAAGAUGGAGUCAAAGCCGUUCAUUCGAGGGGCAUAUUAUAUGUGCUCCCAAUUAUUGACGAGGGCCUAUCACCAAGGUACUUAUAUAUGGAUGAGGAAAUUGCAAAGGACUAGGGCUGUGCUUACGGAUUGCAGGAAUUCACGUAUCAAGCGAGGAAGUGCUUCGGCUGAGAACUGUUGCGGAACAAGCGGAGAAGAAGAAACAGAGCAUCAUUUUCUUACCUUGUCACAGAUCGCACGUUGACUAUGUGUCAUUACAAUUGAUCUGCUACAGGUUAGGUUUGGCUCUUCCUACGGUAGUUGCAGGAGAUAAUCUCAACUUCCCUGUCGUUGGAAGCUUUUUGCAACAUGCUGGUAUGUUACUUUCUUUUCUUAAAUAUAUAAAUAAUCGUGUCUGGAUAUCACUGAUUUCAUAAGGUGCCAUGUGGAUUCGGCGAAGUUUUGGCGAUGAUGUUCUUUACCAAACUCUUGUCCAGUCGUACAUAGACACUUUGUUACAAGGCGGUUACAACUUCGAGUGCUUUAUUGAAGGGGGACGUUCAAGGACAGGGAAACUACUGCCACCUAAAUUUGGAAUCUUAAGUUUCAUUUUAGACAGUAUCAUGUCCGGUCGUGUGGAAGAUACCAUUAUUUGUCCCGUCAGUACGCAGUAUGAUAAGGUAAUAGAAACAGAAGGCUACGUUACCGAGUUACUCGGCAUGCCGAAGAAGAAAGAAAACCUGGCGGAUUUUCUAUCCGCAUCAUCGGUACUCUCCUUGAAACUUGGGAGAGUCGAUGUUAGAUUCCACGAGCCGUGGAGUUUGAAGCAGUUCAUCCAGGAGCAGCAAAAUAGAACGACCGGGAUCCCAAAGGACCUUGAUAUGAAGAAUAUUCAUGAUCAAGCUACGAGGCAAAAACUCCUUCGUACUAUGGGUUACAAGGUUCUUUCAGACAUCAAUGCUGUAUCGGUAGUAAUGCCUACUGCGUUGAUUGGUACUGUCCUUUUAACACUUAGAGGAAGAGGUGUUGGAAAGACGGAAUUGGUGCGAAGAGUAGAGUGGCUUUGUGAGCGUGUGAGAGCCAAGGGAGGACGAGUUGCUCAUUUUGGAGGGGCCUCGACUUCGGUUGUGAUUGAGAGAGGCUUGGAAGUUCUAGGCAAAGACCUUGUGGGCACCGUGGAAGGCUUACCAGAACCUACAUACUUCGCUGUCGACAGAUUCCAACUUUCAUUUUAUCGAAAUAUGACCAUACAUCUAUUCAUCACGGAAGCGUUAGUGAGCGCCAGCAUGUACAGCCGGGUCAAGCGCGGAGGUGGUCGAGACAACCAGAGAAUAUCGUUCGCAGAACUUAGAGCCCAGGUUCUUUUCUUAUCACAGCUUUUCAGGGGAGAGUUUAUCUACCCAACGGAAGGUCUUGAUAUCAAUUUGGACAACACUCUUAAAGCAUUUGAGAAGGACAAGAUCAUCGAUCUUGUUCGAGAUGAAAAUGGUCAGAUUACGGCGAUAGAUCUGUCGGAUGUUGAACGAGCUGCUGGUCGCGAAAACUUCGAUUUUUACUGCUUCUUGAUCUGGCCUUUUAUUGAAGCAUUCUGGCUCGGCGCCGUUGCAUUGAUGGGGUUCACAGCUCCUGCAGGUCAUCAAGGAGAUGGCUGGUUAGAGGUUAAAAAGUGCCAGGAUAGCGCACAGCUUGUAAGCAUCUCUUCUUUCUUUGCUUUAAAACCCCAAACACUAAUUCCUCUUUAGCUCGGCAAGACCCUCUAUCAUCAAGGAGAUCUCUCCUACUUUGAAGCGGUCAACAAGGAAACCCUCAAAAAUGCCUGGACGCGGUUUGAGGAAGAAGGAAUUAUCCGCGUCGUCAAAUCACGUAAUGCUAAGGUACAACCUCGCGCCAAGCUCUCUCCUGAAUGGGCCACUCACCGUGACUCCAUCGGCGGCAUUGUACCCGAAGGUCGAUUGUGGGAUUUCACAGAGAAGAUUGCUUUGAGUAGGAGAGAAGGUAAGAAUCGACGCGAUGGAGCGACUGUAAGUACGAGGGUUUUGAGAUUAACCGAUACGAUUGGUGAAAGAUUAUAUCAGGAGGGGCUCGAAGGGAUGAGUGAAGAAGACCGGGCAGAAUUAAAGAGAAGAGAGCAGAGGAGACUUACGUUGGGAGCCAGAGCUAACCUUUGAUGGAGUCGACCGUGGAAAUAUUUGAGACUUGCAGUGGGCUGGAACUUGCAGAUAGAUAUUAAUCCCAGGAGAUCUCUUUGUACGUAGGGCUAAGAACGACGAAAUGAUAUCCUUAAUUACUAGCGACUAUAAAAGGUGCCAGAAUUCUAG